AUGCCUGACCAGAUAACAGUGGCGGAGUUUGUGGCGGAGACGAAUGAAGAUUAUAAAUCGCCCACCGCCUCAAACUUCACCACUAGAAUGACUCACUGCAGGAAUACUGUAGCCGCACUGGAGGAGGCCCUGGAUGUGGACCGCAGUGUCCUUUAUAAGAUGAAGAAGUCAGUUAAGGCCAUUUACGCCUCCGGUCUGGCUCACGUGGAGAACGAGGAGCAGUACACUCAAGCUCUGGAGAAGUUUGGAGAGAACUGUGUGUACCGAGAUGACCCUGACUUGGGAUCAGCCUUCCUGAAGUUCUCAGUCUUCACAAAAGAGCUCACAGCCCUCUUCAAGAACCUGUUUCAGAACAUGAAUAACAUCAUUACCUUCCCAUUGGACAGUCUGCUGAAGGGAGAUCUGAAAGGGGUUAAAGGGGAUCUCAAGAAGCCCUUUGAUAAAGCCUGGAAAGACUAUGAGACCAAAGUUUCUAAAAUCGAGAAGGAGAAAAAAGAGCAUGCCCGACAGCACGGAAUGAUCCGGACGGAGAUCAGUGGAGCGGAGAUAGCAGAGGAGAUGGAGAAGGAGCGCCGUUUCUUUCAGCUUCAGAUGUGUGAGUACCUCCUCAAAGUCAAUGAAAUCAAGAUCAAGAAAGGUGUCGACUUGCUUCAGAAUCUCAUCAAAUACUUUCAUGCACAGUGCAACUUCUUUCAGGAUGGUCUCAAAGCAGUGGACAACCUCAAACCCUCAAUAGAGAAACUCGCCACAGACUUGCACUCGAUCAAACAGGUACAGGAUGAAGAACGCAGGCAGCUAACCCAGUUACGGGACGUGUUAAAGACCACUCUGCAAGUGGAGCAGAAGGAGUCUAGGAGAGACUCACAGGUUAGACAGAGCGCCACCUACAGUCUGCACCAACCCCAGGGUAACAAAGAACACGGGACGGAGCGCAGCGGGAACCUUUACAAGAAAAGUGAUGGGCUGCGGAAAGUGUGGCAGAAGAGAAAGUGCACGGUGAAGAAUGGUUAUUUGACCAUCUCACAUGGGACGGCAAACAGACCUCCUGCCAAACUCAAUCUUCUCACCUGUCAAGUGAAGCACAACCCAGAGGAGAAGAAAAGUUUUGACCUCAUCUCCCAUGACAGAACGUAUCAUUUCCAGGCAGAGGAUGAGCCAGAGUGUCCAAUAUGGAUCUCAGUGCUGCAGAACAGCAAGGAGGAGGCGCUCAACAACGCCUUUAAGGGUGACCAGCAUGUUGGCGAGAACAACAUCGUGCAGGAGCUGACCAAGGCCAUCCUCGGUGAGGUCAAGCGGAUGGCGGGUAAUGACGUCUGCUGUGACUGCGGAGCUCCCGGCCCCACGUGGCUCUCCACCAACCUGGGCAUCCUGACGUGUAUCGAGUGUUCAGGGAUCCACCGAGAGCUGGGCGUUCACUACUCCAGAAUCCAGUCACUAACACUAGAUGUUCUCAGCACCUCAGAGCUCUUGCUGGCCAAGAACGUGGGGAAUGCUGGGUUUAAUGAGAUCAUGGAAGCUUGUCUGACAGCAGAAGAUGUAAUCAAACCAAAUCCGACCAGUGACAUGCAGGCGAGGAAAGACUUCAUCAUGGCUAAAUACACAGAGAAGCGCUUUGCUCGUAAGAAGUGUCCAGAUGCGCUGUCCAAACUGCACACGCUCUGUGACGCUGUGAAGGCCCGGGACAUUUUCUCUCUCAUCCAGGUCUAUGCUGAGGGUGUGGACCUAAUGGAGCCCAUUCCUCUGGCCAAUGGCCAUGAACAAGGUGAGACGGCCCUUCAUCUGGCCGUGAGACUGGUGGACAGAACCUCUCUUCACAUCAUCGACUUCCUCACCCAGAACAGUUUUAACCUGGAUAAGCAAACGGCUAAAGGAAGCACAGCGCUGCAUUACUGCUGCCUGACGGACAACAGCGAGUGUCUCAAACUGCUGCUGAGAGGAAAAGCCUCUAUUGACAUCGCGAAUGAGGCUGGUGAGACGCCGCUGGACAUCGCCAGGAGACUCAAACACCUGCAGUGUGAGGACCUGCUGAACCAGGCCCUUGCAGGGAAGUUCAACGCUCAUGUGCAUGUGGAGUACGAGUGGAGACUUCAGCAUGAAGACCUGGAUGAGAGUGAUGAAGAUCUGGAUGAGAAGUCCAGUCCACACCGGCGGGACGAGAGGCCCAUCAGCUGCUACACUCCGGGCAGUAAUUCCCUUCAGCCCAGUCCGGCCAGCCUGGCACGAGACGCACGAGACAUAGUCAAAGACAAGCAGCGGUUUGUGCCCAACCUGGUCAACAACGAGACCUAUGGAACCAUCAUCAACACCAACUCAGCGGUCGCUCUGUCCACCUCCGCUCCACCUCUGCCCCCACGAAAUUUAGUUCAGCCGUCUGGUCUUGCUGGAAUGGCUCAGGGAUCUCCCGGUUGGAAACCUGGCUCCCUAGACCUGACCGGCAGGCAGCGAUCUUCCUCUGACCCCCCUAACAUGCAUCCUCCGGCGCCCCCCUUACGGGGCACGUCCACUUCCCGUGAGUUAGCUGUACAUGAAUGAGUGGGUGAAGCUUU